AUGGCAGGGACUUGUUCCAUGCUCUGUUUGAUUCUGAUCACUUUGUUCGUCCCUCCUCUCGGUGUGUUCUUGAUUUCGGGCUGCAGUGUGGAUCUGCUUAUCAAUAUUCUGUUGACGAUUCUCGGAUACCUGCCCGGCCACAUCCACGCCUUCUAUCUCGAAUACGUUUACUACGGUAAUCGCAACGCAGCGGAAGCAACGGCUCCGCGACGUGCUCCGGGCGUCUAUUCCGAGCGGAUUCAGCGUGGAGGCCAUCAUCAUCAGACGUAUGGCACUACUCCUUGA